ACUGGCGUCCGGUAUCCCCGUAUCCUGUAAAUAAUGCAAGGCGAAGAAAAGUUCUUUUCGAGCGGCUGGUUCUCAGGUGGAAAUUGUGACCAUGAACCUGUUGGAGAAAAGAGCAAUGAUGGUAAAAUUGUCCUUUGUGGGAGAGAGAAGAAACGAAAGCACAGAGGUUAAUUCCGGAAGGGAAGGAAGGGAAGGGGAGCGCCCGGUGGAUCCGGGGUGGUGAGCCGUAGAACGGAAUCUUCUCUGGAGGAAGGGCCGGGUCCCUGGCCAGGCGAAGUCCACGGUGGGGAGGCACAGCCGCCCCUGCUUUACCAGGGGUCGAUCGGCCAGGCUCACGGGGAAAAAGGAAGGAAGGCGUGGAAGAAUAUCAAGUGACAACCGAAGAAACCGGACUCUGGAAAGAAAAACGAGCCGAACAGGGGAGAAAACUGUCUGCCUGAUGUUUUUGUUCUUUUGUUUCAUGGAAUGUUUGAUGAACCUAUCUAUCAGGGUAUACGGGAACCACAAGAUGAAGGGAUCUGCCCAAGACAGGAGUUAGGAUGAAAGUCUGCCCUAGAUGAAAACGACUUGGCCGAUUUCUCCUCCUAUGUAACCCUAGGCGUUGGGUCCCUGCCUGGCCUAGAUGAAUCCCAUCCUGGAGACGUAUGGAGUCAGUUGCUUCACUGCACCUCAGCCUGGAGGCCUCUCUUCUCUCCCUCUUCCUCAGCCUGUGUGCAUUGGUCUCAGGCCAGUUUUCUGUUGUGGGGCCAACUGAUCCCAUCCAGACUAUGGUGGGAGAAAACACCACAUUACACUGCCACCUGUCACCUGAGAAAAAUGCUGAGGACAUGGAGGUACGGUGGUUUCGGUCUCAGUUCUCCUCUGCCGUGCUGGUGUAUAAGGGCAGGCAAGAGAGAACAGAGGAACAGAUGGAGGAAUAUCAAGGAAGAACCACCUUUGUAAGCAAAGACAUCAACAAGGGAAGUGUGGCGUUGAUUGUUCACAAUGUCACAGCCCAUGACAAUGGCAUCUAUCACUGUUACUUCCAAGAAGGCUGGUCCUAUGAUGAGGCCGUCAUACUCCUUGUGGUGACCAGCAUGGGCUCUAAGCCUCUCAUUGAAAUGAAUGGCCAUGAAGAUGGAGGCAUCCUGCUGGAGUGCACAUCUGGAGGGUGGUACCCAGAACCCCAUGCGGUAUGGAGAGACCCAUAUGACGAGGUCAUACCUUCCUUGGAGGAGUCUUAUGCUGCUGACAGUGAUGGUCUCUUCAUGGUCACCAUGACUGUGAUCAUCAGAGACUGUUCUUUGAGGAAUAUGACAUGCUCCAUCAACAACACUCGGCUUGGACAGGAGAUGAGAAGUGUGAUUUUCAUUCCAGCUCCACUUUCAGAAUCCUUCAUGCCCAGCCUAUCUUCCUGGAUGGUGGUCCUGACUGUCAUCUUGCCUGUUCUGAUCCUCCUAAUAUCUGGAAGCAUCUGUUUCAUCAAGAAACUACAUAGCAGAAAGGAAAGUCUGUCAGCAGAAAAGGAGUUUGAACAUGAAGAAAAAGAAAUUGCACAUAAGGAACUGGGUAAGGGUGUGUGUAAGAAGAGAAAGAAUCAAAUAAAAAAACAACUUCAAGAGGAACUGCGAUGGAGAAGAACUCUCUUAAUUGCUGCUGAUGUGGUUCUGGAUCCAGAUACUGCUCAUCCUGAGCUCUUUCUGUCAGAGGACUGGAGAAGCGUGAGACGGGGUCUUUCUCGGCAGAGCGUGCCUGAUAACCCAGAGAGGUUUGAUUGUCGGCCUUGUGUCUUGGGCCAGGAGAUCUUCUCAUCCGGGAGACAUUACUGGGAGGUGGAGGUUGAAAAUGUAAUGGUGUGGGCUGUUGGAGUUUGUAGAGACAGUGUGGAGAGGAAAGGAGAAGCCUUGCUGCUUCCUCAGAAUGGCUUUUGGACCCUGGAGAUGUUUGGGAACCAGUACCGGGCUCUGUCCUCCCCUGAGAAGAUUCUUCCUCUGAAAGAGCGCCUCCGCCGUGUCGCCAUCUUCCUGGACUAUGAAGCUGGAGAUGUUUCCUUCUACAACAUGCGGGACAGGUCACACAUCUACACAUGUCCCCGUUCAAACUUUUCUGGUCCUCUGAGACCCUUUUUUAGACUGGGUUCUGAUGACAGUCCACUCUUCAUCUGCCCAGCGUUCAGAGGGGCUCAGGGGGUCACAGUGCCUGAAGGGGGGCUCAUUUUACACAGAGCAGGGACCCACCAUCACCCACAGAACCAAUUUCUUGGUCUCAGACUCAUGUAGGGAUGCCACGGCCCUCAGCUACCACUACACAGAGCCCUGGUGGAAAACGGGCCCUUCUUCCCUGUGAUCACAGAACACGUACUGCUUCCUUCAUACUCACUUCAGGCUCCAGCAAUUCACACCCUCACUAGGCUGUGGCUUUAGUCAUUGAUUUAUUUGUAACUGUGGAGCAGGGGCCAAUCUUAGGAAACAACUACUAUUCCAUCUCUCUCAGGCAAGAACAG